AACGCUACACUUUCUUUGUUCAGAACAACUGAAGACUUGGAAAAUUUCCACAGCUUGGUAAUAGCCUAUGCUUCGGAAAGAUAUGGCUUCAGCUACCUAGGUCACGACCUCUGUGUCAGGAUAGCAGCCAUCGACCACAAUGCUCAUCAUGACAGAGAGUACGCUCGAGACGAGUCAGGGAAGUUGAUGCAAGUUUUCAUAUGGAUACAUUACUAACAACUCACUUUCACACUCAAUGGUCAAAAGCGACAAAACAGUGGAGACUGCGACCCGUCAAAGUGAAGAACCACUUCAGCUACAUACCAUUACUGCAGAAAAUGGUACUGCGGAAACGUGAAGAACACGCCGCAGAAGGUGGAAGACUAGAGGAAGCUGCGGGCCUCAUGGAGAGUGAUCCCACACGUGUGCUGAAAAACAUUGCUACGGCGCCGAAGCCGAGCCAGGAGGAGCUGCUCCAGACAUGGUUCACACGAUAUGGAGCAAGAAAGCAAGACAUGGCAUCGGAAGUCAAGUCCUAUGUUGCACGUGUAAAUAGUAAGGAACCAGGCUUCAUGGCACAAACAGAGGAAUCCUCUACUGAUGACAGCGAGUAACAUGGCAAGUAAAGGCAUAUUAUACACAAGUUGUGUUUCUAAUUAAUUAGGUAGUAUAUUUGGGCUUGGAAUAUAUAGUAGUGAGUAUAAAAUGUAUAUUUACAAAAUAUUGCACUAGCUGACGCAAUGAAAA